AAAAGAAAGGAAAAACUACACAAGGAACCAGUGCCUGAGAUCUGAAAGCAAGCUCAGCUCCAUCAACAACCGCUUCGUCGAACGCACGGCUUCCCUCUAUCCCAGUCUCCUCCCGACGGAAAGAAGCCCCAAAAGCCAUCGACCUGCUCCAACCGGCACAUCUUCACCGGAUUAACCUCCGGCGAAUUCUUGACGCCUUUAACAAUAUACAUCCAUCUCACUGCGGCCUGAAAAAAAGCCCCACUCCAAGCAUAAGCUACGUGGUUUACACCAGUCCGAGUGCCUCUGUGUCCGCCACUCAAUUUCUCCUCAGUUUGUAGGGAAUGGACGAGGAGCUUGAAAAGGAUGCUGGUGAUACAAAAAGCAAAGUGCCUGCCACACAUACCGAGGCUGUGGUAAAAACAAACAAGAAGAAGAAAGGUCUGAUAUCAAGAAUGUGGAAUGCACUCUUCAGAUCUGGCAGAGAUGAUUUUGAGAAGAGAUUGCAACACAUUUCCAAAGAGGAGGCUGCUGUUAUUCAGAGAAUUACAAAGCGUUCUCAAAGUUUUAGUAGGAUCUUAAGAAACCUCAUUAUACUUUCUGUACUUUUUGAGGCUAUUUCUGUGGGUUAUGCUAUCAUGACUACUAGAUCCCUUGAUCUAAAUUGGAAAUUGAGAGCUCUGCGCGUUUUGCCAAUGUUUCUAUUACCUGGACUAUCUUUCGUUUUGUAUUCAGCACUUGGAAGCUUCAGAAGGAUUUGUGACAACAAGGAUAACAAAACCUUGGAAAGGCUCCGUGCUGAAAGGAAAGCAAAGAUUGAUGAACUCAAGGAGAGGACAAAUUACUAUAUUACACAACAACUCAUUCAGAAGUACGAUCCUGACCCUGCUGCUCAGGUUGCAGCUGCCACUGUGCUGGCUUCCAAGCUUGGUGCAGAUAGUGGGUUGAAGGUGUUUGUGGGAGACGAGACUCAACGUAAUGCCCCUCCUGCUGGAAAGAGUAAUGAUGCUGAGGUUGCAAAUUCCACUGGACUUCGAAACAGAAAGCAACCGACAACCAGAUCAGUUGGGUCUGGAAGGAGUACCACAACGGAAGUGGUCCAUUCCGAAGAAAACAAAAUGCGCUCUCAAACAAUGCUAGUAGAGGGUUCUGAAGCAACGGAGCAUCAUCCGCUGGUCGUUGAGCAUCACAACCCAACAAGCUCAACCCCACAAAAUGGAGGGUGGAUCUCGCGUAUCGCGGCACUGCUCGUGGGCGAGGAUCCAACACAGUCCUAUGCUCUUAUUUGCGGCAACUGUCAUAUGCACAACGGGCUUGCUAGGAAAGAAGACUUCCCCUACAUUACAUACUACUGCCCACAUUGCAAUGCCUUGAAUAGGCACAAACAAUCUGAAGACCGCUCCUCCGGCUCCAACACCCCGGGCUUAAGCUCUUCUGUGAUGACCGAUGCUGAGGUGAGUAAUAAUUCUAGUCCAUCUCCCGUUGCAGAGAAUAACAUCUCUGGCGCUAGAGACAUCUUGCCUGGCUCUGUUGGGACAGAAGGCCACAUAAUUCCUGAUGUUCCUAAUACAUAGCUUGACUGACCUGUGCUUCUUUCCAUUGGGUUCUCCUUGUGGGACAUACAAAAACAGCAGGUUACCUUGUAUCUUGUUUUUUUAUUUACUUUUAAAACAAAAACUUGUGAUUGAAAGUGUUGUACUGUACCAAUUGUUUUACUAUGCGGCAGAUAGUCGGUGUUUCCGGGGUGCAAGAAUUGUUCAUUUGAGUUUUUCAUUUUCUCAAUGAAAUUUUGUCCAGCUAUAUAUGUAGUUCAUGUAAUGUCAGGCUUCUUAUUGUGAACAUAAAGUUUUAUAGAAGCG